AUGAGUUCCGACGGAUAUUUCGAGGAUGAAGUAUUUGACGACGCGGCGUUGCAUGAAAUCGAUGCUAUCGAAGUCGCUCAUACUCAAAAGCCGGUCUCCCCAGACGCCGCUUUCGAUGAUAUGACUUUCGGGGAGAUUGACGCGGGGGAGUUGGAACGCUUGGACACGUUCAUCGAGGACAGUUACGCGGGAGCGGCCUGGAAUGCUUCAGGACCCUCAAGAUCGAGCUCCUCGUCAGGUCUCGUCCAGACUACGUUGUUUGGAGGGAUAGUGCCACAAGAUCAAGCGGCGCCGUCACGCGUCCCUUACCAAAGGAAGCCUUCGUCACACGCGCCCUUCGGGCGGCCACCACCCAAGACGAAGAAAUGGGACCAUACGGUAUUCGCGAAGAGCGGGGUGUACUCGGGGAAGAGGAAGGGGAAGGACAAAGCCGAUGAUGAAGAUGAGGACGAAGAGUUAGUGGAAUUCGAGCAGUUCCCCGCGCCAUUUGUUUCCGUCGGACCGCCUCCGCCUAUGGUGUUAAAAGCCAAUCUGUUGGAGGCCAAGCACUGGAUCUAUCCCUUAAAUCGACCGAAACGUGACUAUCAGUACAACAUUGCGAAACGCUGCCUGUUCGAUAACACGAUUGUCGCUUUGCCCACUGGUCUGGGUAAAACGUUCAUUGCCGGUGUUGUGAUGCUGAACUUUUACCGAUGGUUUCCGGAAGGGAAGGUUGUAUUCUGUGCUCCGACGCGGCCUCUGGUGGCGCAGCAGAUUGAAGCUUCCCAUCAAGUCUGCGGCAUUCCCGGCAGUGACGCCGCCGAACUCACGGGCCAAAACUCUCCCUCGAUACGUGGACGAGCCUGGGAAGAGAAGCGGGUUUUCUACAUGACACCCCAGACGUUAAUCAACGAUCUGAUUUCUGGUAACUUUGACCCGAGCAAGAUGAUUUUGCUGGUCAUCGGUCAGUUGAGUCCCCGCCCGCACCUGCAAAUUUUGACUCGAACCGAAGAUGAGGCCCAUCGUGCAACGGGAGACUACGCCUACUGCCAGAUCGUCCGAUUCAUGAUGGCUAAGAAUCCCCAUUUGCGUAUUCUCGCGCUUACUGCCACACCGGGCAGUGAACCCAAGGCCGUCCAAGACAUCGUUGAUGGGCUGCACAUCAGCCACAUUGAGAUCCGCGACGAAAAGAGUCUGGACCUGAGACAGUAUAUUUUCGAGAAGAAAAUCGAGUCGCACAUCAUCCGUAUGAACGAUGACAUCAACCGCGUCAAGGACCUUCUGAUCAAGGUCAUGUUGCCCUUUAUCAGGACAGUGGAGCAGAAGGGGCUGCUCUUUUGUGGCAGCAACCCGGUGAAGAUCAGCGCGAGCAUGCUCCGAUUGAAGGCCAGGCAAUUGAAGCAACCCGAGCAAUGGAUCUCUUCCCAUAUGUACAAGCUGGCGAUGCUCGCACAAGCCAUGGGCUACCUCUACGAAGGAAGCAUGGCGAUGUGUUAUGACACGCUGAAAGGCAAACCUCCCCCAGAAGACGACCAGGAACCCAGCAUCAAGAAACGCAAAUCUGUGCCGAAAGGCAAGAAGCUGGAGGAUGAGCAGACGUACAAAGCUCUGCUUCAAGAGAUCGAAGCACAGCGCUCCCGUGGAUUCACGCCCCAUCCGAAGAUGGACAGGCUCAAGACGUUGCUUGUGGAUUAUUUCGGCAAGCAGCUGGGCGAGAACGGGGAAGCAGCAUCCGACAGUCGAGCGAUCAUCUUCUCGACCUACAGAGGAGCCGUCGACGAGAUUGUGGACCUUUUGGGCCAGGAACAGCCGUUGAUCAGGCCAUUCAAAUUUGUUGGGCAAGGCCAAGACACGAAGGGGAACAAGGGUCUGCCGCAGAAGGAGCAGUUGGCUGUGAUCGAGAAAUUCAAACAGGGGGUGUACAAUGUCAUCGUCUCUACUUCGAUUGGGGAAGAAGGCUUGGACAUUGGCGAGGUUGAUCUGAUUGUUUGUUACGACACGACCAAGGGACCCAUCCGGAUGCUACAACGUCUCGGGCGAACUGGUCGCAAGAGGAGCGGCGCUGUGCAUCUUCUGCUUGCGGAGAUCCGAGAGGAGCAGAACAUGGAGAAGGCCACUGCUGCUUACAAGGAAAUCCAGAAAACAAUUGUGCGAGGAGCUGAUCUCGAACUGUAUGGCGAUGUCGAGCGACUCUUGCCUGACCACGUCAGACCCGAGUGCCACGAGCAAGUUAUGCCGAUUGAGGAGUACGUGCGGGAAGCAGGCAGGAAGAAAGGGUCCGGUGGGACCAAAGCUGCUGCUGGAUCGAAGCGUAAACGAAACGAUGACGCGCUGCGGAAUGUACCUGCGGGUGCGAGCACCGGGUUUGUCUCUGUCGCGGAUUUGGUCACCAAGGGAUCGAAAGGCAAGAAGCAGAAACUUGCACCAGUCACAGUGAAGGACUUUGAAGCUGCAGGAGAGGACGACGAAGUCGACAUUGCUCUUGCAUCGGGACUCAUCGGCGCGCUCUCUCGGAGAUCGGCAUCGGCAGGGCACCAAGCGCAAGAAGAAAAAGAAGCAGAGGAUGUGCCUCUCACUUCAAGCCAGUUCGAAGCUCGAGGGAAAGACGACGAGAUGGAUGUUUUGAUCGAACGAGGUGGCUCCACUUCGAUACUGUCCUCGCCUGUGGACGGCAAAGUCAUUGACAUCGAAUCAGAUAGUCCUUCUGCUCCUCAAGACAUGUCCUGGCUGCUUGAUGGGGACAGCGAGCCAGAGCCUAUGUUGGAGAUCGUCGACUCGUCUCCCAUUCGACGCAGAAGCACCUCUCCGGUGGUCCUGGUCGAAGAAUCCAAGAAAGCAGCCGGAAAGCGUCGGCAAGUUGACCCAGACGACUCUGUGGUGAUCAUCGAACCACCACCGACGAGCAUCAAGCCGAAUAUGCCGCCCCCUGCGCUCCCGGCCCGAAUUCUGCUGGACGUCUCUUCGCCAGUCCCAGAAUCUCCGCCAGCUCCCACUUUCCCUGUUCGUCGCGCCGGCCGUCGGAUAGCUCGGAUGAUUGACUCGCCAUCCGCUGCUGACCCGGAGUCGCCUUUGGUCCGUCGACUACACAAGAAGAAAUCACCCCGCCGCCGUCCGCCCACAAGGCUCAAUCUCGAUCACGGAAUAUACGACAUGGAGGCUGCCCAUUCGGGCGACGAGGUCAGCGGAGGCUCCUCGGGCUCAGACGAUCCGGAAAGCGAGUCGGAUCGGAACUUUCUGCAGGAGCUUCCUGAAACGCAGAUGUCUGCGAGCUACGACCAGAGCCUGGUCUAUCGAGAGAGCCUGAUGACUCAGCUGCCGGGUCGGCCCGGGCUUCAGUUCAGCCGCCCAGUGGCCAGGAAGGGUCUGUUCGGUGACGGUCUGUCGGAGAGCCUCCGUGUCAACGAUCGGCGCGCAGUCCAGAUAUCCAGUUCCCCGCCGAGAGAGCAAGCAUCGGACGAUCUUUACGAGUUUGGGAGCUUUGUCGUGCAAGAUGACGAGGAUAUAGUGUACGAGACUGACGUGGAGAGAAGUCGAUAA